AUGUAUUCAGUAAUAAAUGCUGAGUAUUUAAAACCCUUUGAGCCAUCAUUAUUGGAUGAUGAUGAAGACGUUAAGGAUUCUCAACUUCUCCCAUUAGACGAUCUAUGGCUUGAGAGGGAAGACCCAUUGACGGCAAACUGCAUUCUUGAGAAAAAGGCCACUACGAGUCGACAUGGUUAG